ACGUGGCAUAGAUGGUCGGGUGACUUUUUAUCACCCGCAGAGGGAACCAGGGGGAGCGGUGGGGAGCAAAACUAAAGACCCUCAAGGCAAGACAGAGGACCCGGAGGACUCGCAGCGUGUGGUCCACCGGCUCCCCGCGGGCAAGACUGGAGGGCGACAACCAUACGUACACGCCCAGACGGCUCCCUCCGGCAGGCGGCGAAUGCGCACGCCCCAGCGGUGCAGCGGUGCGCUGGCCAGCGGCCAGCCACGCGCCCAGCCUGGGGCCAGGCUAAAAGGUCGGCCGCACGGCGAGGUUGGCCGCGGAGGUCCUCUUCGUGCCGCUUGGCCGACAGGUCGACGGGGCGCCGCCCGUGAAACAAGCCCGGCAGGCCAGCCCCGCCAGCAAAUCUGUGCGGAGAGGGCCGCUACGCUCGGCGCCCCGAGCAUGCCCGAGCGCCUGCGCUCUCACAGCGACAGCUUGCUGCCGGUGCUGCCUCUCCUCGCCGCCAGCCCCUCGGCAGUACUUCUCGCCGCCGCGGCCGCCUGGGCAGGUCAGGAUGGUCCUCGUCAUCCUGCUCGCCGUCGCCAGCUGCGCCCGCCGCCUUGUCCUUCGGCUGGUCCGGCCGCGGCGUCGGCCACGGUGCCUGGGGGCCUCAGGGGCGAUGCUGCUUCCGACCUGGGGAAGUCCAGCUGCUGCACGAUGCGCCCCGGCGCGGACGGGUUGAAUCUGAGUGCGCGGACCUCCACAGCCUUGUCAGCAUGCACCAAAUUCAUGUCCCUGAACUCCGUCCGCCUGUCUGCGAGCUCC